AUGUGUAAUGCAGUCAAGAAACAAAAUAAAAACGUUGUAUUUGAUAAGAGAACUCUUUAAAUUGGAUAUUCAAGAUAUAGGUUUAUUUAUCCAAUUCAGCACGCCUUGUGAUAUUAUUUUUAUAUAAUUGUAAAUUUCAAAUGUAGUAAAAACAGAAUUUUCGAAAAGCAUUUGCCGUCGGAUUCCUAGAUUAAAUAUAAUCAUUUACACUUAUUUUAAAAGAAAUGGUGAAUUGAUGUGGUAUACUAUGUUGAUAGUUUUUAAUGAUCAUAUUAUACUUUGCAAUAAAUUCAUUCUUAAAUUAAAUUCUUAAAGUGCGCUACAAUAACUAAAAUGAGAUAUUGGAAAGUCUUUAAAAAUAUUUUUGUAAUGGGUUUUAUAGUAAGUGUUAUGUGGCUAAUGUUUUCAUGGAGCAGUAUGGAGUUUAUCAGAUAUGCGUCAAUGGAUCCUAGAAGUAUUCCAAUAACUGUUAAAAAUCAAUUGUGUCAAGUAAAUUACAAUGAUGAAAGAGUGUUUAUAAAUAAUAGUUCAGAUUUGAAGAUGAUAUACUAUGUAACACCAACUUACCCGAGACCAGAACAAGUGCCUGAGUUGACAAGACUUGCACAUACAUUGAUGCAUGUACCAAAAAUUCAUUGGAUAGUAGCAGAUGACCAAUCAUUGUGUUCAAAAGAUGUUGCUGAUAUUCUUAGACGUACUGGUCUGCCAUACACACACAUAUCUAGUCCAAAGCCAUACAUAUAUAAAGGAACAAACUUCCCUCGUGGAGUUGCAAAUCGUCGAGCAGCACUCUCCUGGCUUCAAGAAAAUGCUGAUGAAGGAGUUCUUUACUUUGGAGAUGAUGAUAAUACUAUUGAUCUGCAAUUAUUUGAUGAAAUCAGGCUUACUAAAAAAGUAUCAAUGUUUCCUGUAGGCCUGAUAGGAGAUUAUGGUGUUUCAUCACCCGUUGUCAAGGAUGGAAAGGUGGUGGGGUUUUUUGAUUCAUGGCCUGGUUCAAGAAUGUUUGCAGUUGAUAUGGCUGGGUUUGCUGUGAACAUUGAGUUUUUAAAGCCCUCUGCUAGCAUGCCAUAUAUUGCCGGCCAUGAAGAGGACAGAUUUUUGGUUAGUUUAGGAUUAAAAUUGGAGGAUAUUGAACCUCUUGCUGCUAAUUGCUCGAAAGUACUUGUCUGGCAUACAAAGACAGUUAAGUAUAAGAAGCCAACAUUACGUGUUGAUAUUAAGAAGUUAGACGAUGUUACUGCUUAUAAAUAUUUUGUCAAUCUUCUUAAAGAAAUUAGCAGGCUGGGUAUGGCAAGCAUAAGUAAUAGCAAUGGCACUAAGCCUUACAUAACAAGAAAUAGGAAGUCCUAUGAAACUGUUGCUGGCUUCAACUAAUUUACUGACUAAACUAUAAUCUAUAUGAAAAAAGUUCCUUGCUUCAUUAUAAUGUAGAAUCUUCUGAUAUUUAUCUAUUAGAGUUUACGCUGUUUUGCCGUAGUCACGCAUACAUACAUAUAUAUGUAUGUGAAUAAUAUUGUUAUAGAGUUAACCCUUAAUCAAAAUCCUCAAAUAGCUGUUCAAUGUGCUCAGUUUCUGGGCUUAAUAAAAGUGACAAAAAAUAAUAGUUGUCUGGAAAUAGGUAUUAUGUACAUUAGGGACCCAGAUUCUCAACGCGCCUGUAAUGAGAUGAGAGAUGUAGUUUGUAUUUCUGGAGUUUUAACGUAUUACAUGUUUAAUUAAAUUAUAACACCUCUCAUAAGUGAUGUUAUACUGUUUUGUGUCUCGAAAUGCUUAAGGCAUGUUUAUUUUUGUUAUGUUUUAGUAGUUUAUAUUUAUUUACCAACUGACUUGAUGAGCCCUUUUCGGCACUUAUAUUGAGCGCGUAUUGACAGUAGAAUGUCUAUGGUAGUAACUUAUCAUCGACUCGUAUUUUGAAAUGAGUAUCUAUUUAAUAAUUUUCUUAUACGAAUCUCGGCAUAGUAAAAUAUUAGGAACUAUGUAUUUUUACGGCGAAUAUGCUAUGGAUUUUUAUUAUUUAUAUUUAAAUAAACAGUCUACACAGUCCAUCUCGUUCAGUGUAUUUAAAAAAUAUUUAAUUAAUUUAUUCUAUAGAUAUAUAUUCAUUUUAAAAUAAUAUUAAGGGAUUGACUUGUACGGAAGGACUUGUAGAUUGUCCGUUUUGUUCUAUUAUUAAAGGUAUGAUCAUUUUUAUUUGAUUAGGAUAAUACUAGAGGCACAAUACUAGAUAGGCAAUGAAUUAUACGUCCUAACGAUACUUAAAUAAUAUUAGCCCUAACAAAAUUUUACAAAUGGAGGAAAAAUCUACCAUAAUAAUAUGUUAUCACUUGAUGUAGCCUAAAAUGCAUGAGCAUAGCACAAGGUGAAGACAGACUAGGUACGAAUGACAUUUUCGUUUGUCAUAAAAUGAUAAUUUUUUAAUACAAUUAAACACCGUUUUUUUUAUUGUUUUUUUUUAAAUAAAAUUGCACAAAAGCACCAAAUCUGUACAUGUCGAUUAAAAUAAAACACAACAAAUGAAACAAAAGUGUUGUUUAUACACUCAAUUUUAACUAUAGAAUAAAAAUUUAGUUGUGGCUAGAUAGCCUAGUGGCUUUAGCGUGCAACUCUUAUGACUGAGGUCCCAGAUCUUCGGCUUCACCGAUAGAUUUCCAUGUUCUCUCGCUCAUAUGGUUAAGGUAAACAUAAUGAGUAAACUGGCUCACCAAAGUCGACCGUAUGUCAGAAACAGAAUACUGGUGUUUUACUAAAAACAUCACGUAACAGAAAAAAGUGAGGCCCAGACCUACAAGGUUGUAGCACCACUGGUUAUUUUUUAAGUCAGUCUAUGUAAAAUGUACCAAAGUGAUUCUCAUGUUACAUCUUUUUACUGAGCUUAUGAAAUUUGUAUUACAUUAUAGAAUUGUGAUAAGUUUUGAUGCCAUACGACUCUCGUGUUCAGGAGCUUUAGUAGGUCACGACUGUCGAAAAGUGAUUUGGUCUCAAGCCCCAGUUCAUAUUUAUCAGUGAUAGCGUUAUCGUUACAAAAUAACGUGACGAAUAAUAAUUAGGCUUAAACACUCACUCUAGUCCUCGUUGUUGUAGUUAUUGUUUAAAUACUUGAAGAUUUAUAGUGCAAUAUAAUAUAUAUUCGCAUACAUUAUUGUAUUUUAUUGAAAUGUUAAAUGUAAUCAUUGCUAGCAAGAAUCUUUUUGAAUCUCAAACAUGUUUUUAAUUUAGGGCCUAAUAUUUUUAUUUAUAUGUAUCGUUUCCGUGCGUUCAGUAAUAUAAAAUCUCAAUUAGACAUUAAGUAAAGUUAUAAAAUAUUAUUUUAGUCAUGUAGUAUUUUAAAAGUUUUGUUUUAAUCGCAAUGCAUAAAAGUAAUAAAGUUGCAUACUUGGUAUAGAUGUACUGUGGUGGCAUAGUGGUGGUAUUUCGUUUAUUUGUAAGUGUUCGGAAUGUUCGGUUAUAGAUUCUUUUUUGGUGUUUGCACCUACUACACCUCUUAAACGAUGACAUGAUCAGGCUGAUCACCUACAUGCAAUCUAAGGCUACCACUGAUAUAGGGUUGAGAACCUUCUGUAUGAUGAGUAUAUAUACAGUUUUAGGGGUACUUUUCUAUAUAUUUAAAGAACACAUUUUGUUGUGGUAACAAAUUUCGUAUUUAAAUAGUAAUAGUCGCAUUAUUUAUAUGUGCUUGUUAUUUUUACAUUCCCGAACACAUUAAUUCGAUUUUAUGCUUAUUGUUGUGCAUACAACAUAUUUUAUUGUUUAAUUAAUAUAUGUAGUUGAUAUUUGGUCGUGCAUUGUUUAUCCUAGUGGUGGAUUAUGUUAUUUAAUAGGAUGGGUUUUAAUGUAAAACCAAUUAGCGUAUACUCACGUCUUGAAUAAAGUUAACAGUAUAAAUGUUAAACCAAAAUAAAAGAGUGUUGAUGUA